GUUUUCGAGUGUGGGACCGACUUCGACCUCGACACGGUGCACCGCUUCGACGCCUCGACGUCCAGCUGGACGGUCGUGAGCCGCAUGCAGACGGCGCGAUCUGGCUGCGCGGUGGCCGUCAUGGCUGGUGCUAUUUACGUCGUCGGAGGUGGCACUGGAGGCGGCAACGGCGUCUUCCCGCAGCCCCUGCGCCUGGCGGUGCGCUUCUGGCCCGGGGCGGGGCGGUGGGAG